GUUGUCUCGCAUCGUUCGGUAUCUAGCGUGGUCAAGGGGGCACAUUGCUAUAGAGAAGAGCGAUGGCGAGUCGCGCUUUGGGAAGUUUUUUACGUAUGGUGGGCGCUCUCGUUGCGCGAAAUGGCCCCUGCCUUAGAACCUCGCGGCACCUAGCCGGCUCCACGAUUGCCGUUCAAGAUCGAAGAAAACAGCUUUUUGAUGUUUCCGCUCAUCUCAUCAGACCGCAGACUACAAGCCUACGGAAAUAUUCGGAUAAGCCUCCAAUGUCUUUACAACUUAUUGAGGAUCGUGUAAUGCUCGUUCUAAAGCUCUACGACAAAAUCGAUGCCGAUAAGCUCCGUGUGGAAAGUCAUCUUGUAAAUGACAUGGGACUCGAUUCACUUGACUGUGUUGAGGUGAUAAUGGCAAUUGAGGACGAAUUUGGCUUCGAAAUUCCGGAUCAGGACGCUGAAAAACUUCUGCGAGUCAAGGACAUUGUGCGCUACAUCGCUGACAAGGAGGAUGUCUACGAAUAGUGGAAGUUAAUUUGUCAAUGCAACAGCGACUUCUUACUAGCAAAUGCUGAGUGUAAAGACAGAAAAUAGUCAUAAAAGCGAAAAAAAUGCACGGAUGACACGGUCAAACGUCUAGUUCUUAGUCAAAAUGUGAACCAAUAGAAUACAGCCCUCUCUAAAGAAUUACACAUAGAAAUACAUGCGAAAACUGUACCGCUUUAACUAAAUAUACAGACACACGUGCACUUACACGAACAGACAGACAUCAUGCAAAAAACAAACAUAAAUCGGUUACAACAAGAAACAAAAGUAACCAUAAAAACAUAAUUGAAAAUAAAAAACGAGAAAAAGAGGAAGCGGUUGAUGUAUAUGUUGGUCAUAUGAUUAUGGUGCUGGGACUUUUGUCAUCUUUCGAGCUGUGGCAGUGACUAGACAAGUAACUGUGUGGCAAGUGCCAGCGCCGCGGUUAACAAAUGCAGAAGGGUGCGUGUAACAAACGAAAAACGACAUAAAUAAAAACUCGUAAAAAUAAAAAUAUUUGAGGCGAAGAAUCGGUUUUAGA